AUGGACAAUGAUGCAGAGUCCUUUUCCUUGCAGGCCCUGGAGGUGGAGCUGAGGACUAUGCAAGCUCACUCUCUUCAAUCAGAAGGUUACUUGGUACAGUUGGAUGACAGGUUGUCCUCACUAAGCAACUCUGCUGGCAGGAACCUGACGGGUUUGAGCUAAGAGGUGGCCCGAGCCUCCACAUGGCUUCGCGAUCAUGACGUCCUGCUGAGGGAAACCUCGAGUUAUGUGAGUGAACUGAGGGAAAAAUUAGAUGAGGUCAACUGGACUGUGGGAGCUGUUAAUCACACCUUCAGCAACGACAUCAGCAUUCACCAUCUGAAGAUCCGUGACUUGCAGAUCCAGAUCAGCAACAUAACAGAAGACACCAGCAGUUUAUGGGUGACCCACGUCCACACGGAGGCCCAGUUGAGGAACGAGAUGGAGAUCCUGAACACAAUCACAGAGGACCUCCGUCUUAAGGACUGGGAGCACUCCAUGGCCCUGAAGAACCUCACAAUAUUAGAAGGACCUCCAGGGCCAAAAGGAGAGAAGGGGGACACUGGAGAUGUAGGGCCCCCUGGGGUUCCUGGUCUGACUGGCUUGAGAGGAUUUACCGGAGAAAAAGGCAACCAGGGUCCGCGGGGAAUCAAAGGGUCUCUUGGGGUCGAUGGCAUGCCGGGAGAAAAAGGAGACAUUGGACCUGUCGGGCCUAAAGGUGACCGAGGAGAAAGAGGUUUCAAGGGAGAGAAGGGUGACCGGGGAGAGCGAGGAGACAGAGCAGUGGAGGAGACCUUGGUACGGUUGGUGAAUGGGUCAGGUCCUCACGAAGGGCGUGUGGAGGUUUUCCAUGAACGUCGCUGGGGAACCGUGUGUGACGACGUCUGGGAUAAAAAGGAUGGAGAUGUGGUCUGCAGGAUGCUGGGAUAUCAAGGAGCAACCGAGGUCCAUAAGACUGGACGCUUCGGACACGGCACUGGUUUGAUCUGGAUGGAUGAUGUCGCAUGCACAGGGACAGAAGACAGCAUCCAUGAGUGUAAGUUUUCCGGUUGGGGCAAAACCAACUGUGGCCACGUCGAGGACGCUGGUGUGACCUGCGCCACCUAAACCUUCAGGACCCCAACACUGCUGCAGCUGCCGAGUAUCGCCCAAACACUGCCUUAAACUUAAGGUGCUGAACGCCCUGCCAUUUGCACCAGGCGUGCCAUAUUAGCAGUAUGUUCCCUUCUUACCUGCAAAAAACAAAAAAGUGCCAACUCACAUGAUACAUGAACUUAAGCUGCAGCUUGGUUAGAUGUUCAUGACUAAAUGUAACUAUGUGAGCCACAGGAUCGAAUCAUGGUGCAGCCUUUGCCAACAUCAAAGUUGUGUUUUCAUUAACUGCACAGUAUGAGCUGAAGGAUGAUCACAUGACAGGAUGCUUCAUGAGGCUGAAAUAACGGGCAAAGGUCAGGAUGGAGUGAGGCUCAGAGGCUCACCUCAGGGCAGGUUUGCUGCUUUGACCUCCAAGAGAGGAUUGUCGGAUCUGACAACUUCAUCUUCCCAGUGCAUCAUUUCCACUUACCAAAGGGCUGAAAAGGCACUCAAUGGAACUGACAGGACAGUUUCUGCUGAACUCAUUUUCAUUUAGAGGCAGCUGCUCUUCACAGUGUUAUUUAGGAAUGGCUUUUGCUCAGUAUACCAGUGUUGCCUUACUACACAAUACACCAGUGCUUACUAGGUAACUGUUUGGUGAUUUGCAGACCUGAAGAUACCACAAAAUCAAACUAAUCCACCUUUCUGCAUUUUUUUUUCUUUCACUUGAAUACAAAACGCUUGGUUUUCCUUAUUCAGUGUUGUUCAGCCAAACAUGCUCUUCUCUCAGGUCUGGCAAACAUGUUUACUGCAUUCCCUUCAUAAAACAUCUGCAAAACAACAUUUGCAAAUAUCCUAAAUCUAGUAUUGUUUCCACCGGUGUUUUCAUCCUGACGUUACGCCUCUUUGGGCGUCACAUAGUCAGCUUCAGUAAUCUGCCAAAUCUGCAUCCCUGCAAAGAGCUGGACUUUCUUUUAGCUAUGAAAAUCUAUGAUUAUAUCAACCUCAUUUCCAGUUGUAAAGGGAAGCUAUUUUUAACCGAAAAGCUCAACAAAUGCUAAAGCUAAACCUUACUGUAUAUUAGUAGCUUAGCAACAAAGGGAAACCUGAUAAAUAAAAGUUUUAACAGCUAGAAAGUCAAAUAUUUCCUUCAGGAGUUUGUGAACACCAAAAACAAAUCAUCACCCGAGUUAGAUGUAGGACAUAUACUCAUCAGCUGAAUAUUGCUCAGCGCUUGUUUAUGUAGCAAACAAAUAAGCAAUGACAACUUUGAAAGGCAAUAAUACACAUGCAAGGUCUGUUUUAGAGCUCUUCUACCCCCAAAGUGCCAAAAAAAAUCUUUUUUUUUUUGUUUGUUUUUAUCACGUGCAUUCUUUAACCUGCAAAUCACCAUCCUGUGCUUUCUGUGGCCUCUAUAUUUAUAUCAAAAAAUAAUAAUCAUUAAAUAACAACUUCUGGAAAGAGUUAACAGUCACUCCAGGUGACAGAUGAAGUGACGAUGAUGAAGAACAGAUGAGUAUAAACAGAUGGAUGCAUGGAUGGCUGCCCUGUAUGAUUUAUAAAUGUGGGUCUGUCAGUGUUUACUGCCAAAAAUUAGCUUGUUUCAGCAAUAAUACACACACACACACACACACACACACACACACACACACACACACACACACACACACACACACACACACACACACAUCAAAACAUCAGACCAACCACAAUGGACCUUUCGUCUACAUUUUACCUCGUUCUCAGUAGAAUUUCAACUUUACGACUGUUCUCAAAUCCAAAAAAAAGUUUGUACCUCCCAGGUUUCCUCGUCACUACUUCUUCUGAGCCAACAGAAGACAUGGAGCUGCAAGCUGGAAUAAAAUACGUACAUGCUGGGACCUGAACACACCCAUGUUUUUAUAUUUGAAGUUGGGAAAUGUUUUUUUUGUGCACCUUAAAAAUCUGGCAAACUCACAAACCUCAAAAGACUGAAGUUAAAUUCCCUCUGACUGUUAGAAUCUGUAAGCGUCCCACUUACUUUUUACUAAAAUCUGCAACCUCGGUCUUUAUAUCCAAGAGAACAGAGAAAAAAUAUUUUGGAGAGGAGCAGGACUUUAUGCUGCUGCAGCCAGAAAUGCCCGAUGUCCAAGUUCCCUGGUGUUUGUCGAGGUUUUUGCUUUAAACCACUCUCCUGCCACAGCAGAAAAUAAAUUAAAGAAGCAAAAGAGAAGAAGAGGGAGUUUGGGAAAAGAAAAAAUGAGGUGAUAAACCAGAUUCAGCAGACCGAUGUAAGAGAGAAUGGUUGAUAUGUUUCUUUGAAAAUUUUCUGCAAGUAUUGACAGGGUGACUCAGGAGGACUCAUGUAUAAUCUGACUAUCAGUAUUCUUUGGCUAACUGCAUUAAAUCAUCACAUCUGACAUCUGCAUUACAUUACAUACCUCCAUCAUGUCCGCAUAUUACUGAAAGGCGAUGACAACAGCCAAGAAAAGGGGGAGUGCAACAAUAACUAAGACUAUUCACAGUAACAUAUUUUCAGAACUUACCAGGAUGCCCCAUCAAGAAAUAGGCUCACUUUGCCAUCAACUUCUACUGCUGUUCGCCCUCUGCUGGUCAUUAGAAAGAAUGCAGGUUCAAGGCAUGUUUGCAUUGGCAUAGGUUUUCCAGGCUAUAGCUAUCACUGCAUCCAUCUUUUAUAUACAGUCUGUAGUUGCAGCCCUAGAAUACACACACACACACACACACACACACACACAUUGCUUGCACUAAUAUCAUAUAAUGGAGAUAUCCUUUAUUGUAGAAAUGCAUCUGCAUAAAUCCCAAUUGAGCAUUAAAGGUAAACCCCCGGCUUGAAUUUUGAAGUUUGCUCAAAUUCUUCGUAGUCUUCCGACAGACGGAUAUGUGGAAAUUCUUUUCUAAGCACAGGAAGUGAUAAAACAAAAUGUGAAAUGCUGCAGCUCACCGUGACACUGAACCCCCCUCACUACCUUCAACGCACAUGAAAAAUGGGCUCCCUGAACAGUUUUUCUGACUCCACCUUAUGCAAGCCCUUCAAGUUUAAAUCUAAAUCUGAAAAUUGCCUCAUGAAAUUGCAAAGUACAAAGCUGCCUGUAAUGACACCCGUGUGUUAUUAUUUAUAAUAAAGUCCUAAGUAAAUAAACAAAUUUACAGUAUUAGAUAUUUAAAAUGCAGUAUGAUUGCAUUGUUGUAUUCAUGCACAAAUUAAUGGAACAAAUCAGAAUUUUAUGCAACCAUUUAGUUGUAUAGUUUUCAAGCCAUUUGCAGGUCCAUAAAUGAAAGUAAAUACUCAAUUGCAUAAUAUUUUUAUGCACAACAACAUAUGUAGCUUUCUGUGCGACUGAGUGGCAGCCAGGCCUCUGUGUUUGCUCCUGAUGUCUCCCAUUUAUCUUGUAGAGGCGUCAGAUUCAGCACUUUGGCUGCAGAGCCAAUUAUUACUUCCUCUCUGAUACAACAGCCAAAUAUAACACCCUUGGCUUAUCUAUAUUUUUUCACUCUGCUUAUUUGUCAUCUCCUUUUAAAAAAUGAGUUGACCAUAAAAACAUACGAAAGCAGGUUGAAGAAGUUUAUAAAAAUAAAUAAUUUUGUACUUGUACUGUUUUCAGAGAAUAAAGUGGGGUUUGUAGUAUACUACAGUAUUUAUACACUUUUUUUCACUAAAGUUAUAAUAUAUCUAAACAUUAAGUGCAUUUCUGGCAUAAAAGUAGCAGUUUCCACAGCUUUUGUUUCCAGCUCAAAUUCAAAUUGAAUUUUGUGCCGUUUCCUUUCUACCUUAACAGAUACAAACAGGAAAUAAAGCGACCAAGUUUUUAGAUUUUUUUUUUUUGAUGAUGUGAAUGUAAGAUUUACUUAAAAAAAAAAAAAUGUUUUGGGCUGUAUGGAUCAUAUUCUCUGCAUUUUCCAGCUGAUUCAACUUCUUAAGACAUUUCAUGGAAAAAGAGGUACAGAAAGAUGACAAAAGAAAGGAAAAUUUGAAACCACUGAACCCUUGACAUCUAUAGUGCAGGGAUCUGAUGGCUCUGUUAUGCAUUUGGAGGCAUUUUCCUCCAUUGCUUUGGUCCUCUUGUCCCAUUAGAGUCACUGCAAUCAAAGUCCUUAUCCAAAUCCUUUGUCCUGUGUUGAGACAUUUCUAUUCUAACUGGAGUGGUCUGUUCCUGGAUGAUAUUGUCCACAUCCAAAGGGUACUGAAUGGUUUGAUGAGUAUGAAAAUGAAAGUGUUUUCAGUUACCAGAUCUCAACCCAGUUGAACAUCUGUGGGAGAUUUUGGACAGAUGUGUUAGCACUGUCCAGCUGGACUGAAACUCCAGUUCAUUAGUGAUAUAUCUGAUGGCGAUGUAGAUGUAACCUGUUCAACUGCUUUUUAACACAAAUUUCUAAUCAGCCAAUCACAGGGCAGCAACUCAGUACAUUUAGGCACAUAGACAUGGUCAAGACAACCUGCUGAAGUUCAAAUUGAACAUUAGAAUGGGGAAGAAAGAUGAUUUAAGUGACUUUGAACGGUUGUUGGUGCCGGAUGGGCUGGUCUGAGUAUUUCAGAAAUUGUUGAUGUACUGGGAUUUUCCCACAUAAACAUCUCUACGGUUUACAGAGACUGGUUCAAAAAAGAGAAAAUAUCCAUUGACCAGCAGUUCUCUGGGUGAGUGAUGUCAGAGAAAAGUGGCCAGUCUACCUUGAGCUGAUAGGAAGACAACAAUAGCUCAAAUAAUGACUUAUUUCAACCAAGGUAUACAGAAGAGCAUCUCUGAAUGCAGAACACAUCAAGCCUAGAAGCAGAUGGGCUACACCAGCAGAAGACCACACCUCCUGUCAGCUAACAGGAAACUGAGGCUACAGUUCACACCGACUCACCAAAAUUGGAUAACAGAAGAGUAUUAGCAGUUCAAGCUGGUGGUGAGGGUGUAAUGGUGUGGGGGAUAUUUUCUUGGCACACUUUGGUCCCCUUAGCAUUGUUUAAAUGCCACAGCAUUGUUUAAAUGCCACAGCCUUCCUGAGUACACAGCCUUCCUGAGUAUUGCUACUGGCUGAGUCUAUCCCUUUAUGACCCGUCUUCUGAUGGCUGCUUCCAACAGGAUAACUCACACGGUCACAAAGCUCAAAUCAUAGAGCAUAUUCGAGAGGAAUUUUUAAAAACAGGCUGAGGUCUUCCAAACAGAACAAUUGAAGAGAAGGGCUGAAAUCUGCUUUAGAUGAAUCUAAUCUGCUGGUGAAUACACUGCAGACUAAUCAUAUAUUAAAACCUUAUGGGCACAAUUCAUCAGGAUGAGAAUGUAAACCAUUGUCUGCUAGAGUGUUUUUUUUUUCUCUCUCCCUUGGUUUUGUUUAUUUUGACUCAACUCUGCUUCACUUGCUGAGCUGCAGUUUCUUAGACAUCAGUAGAGAAAAACUCUUGUUCUGUGAUUAAUUGGCUGCUUAGAGGCUCCUCUGAUCUCAGAUAAUUCUUUCAAAAACACCCUCACGCCAUUACUCUAAAAUACCCUUGCAAGUGAUCACAUAUCGCAAACAUCUUGUAUUGGCUUCUCGUUUUCAGUCAAUUGCAUUUAACAGCACAAAUGUGUCCUUUGAAUUGUAAUGUCUUGGUUGUAUAAAGACUCUGUAAGCAGUCCUGUGUAUCCAUGUUUCUGUUUCUGUCUCAUUGGCUCAUAACAGAUGGAAGGGCUGUGGAGUUAACAAAGGUACUUCACCUAAAAAUACAUAGAGCUUUUUACUUCAUGUUCUGUUGAUUUAUGCCACUAAAAUGCUGCAUAUGUUCUGCUGAAAUAAUAAAAUGUAGAUUUGUUUAAA